AUGCGCCUGCUCAUCGCUGCGCUAAUCGCGGCCGCUGCCCCCGUCAUCGCCGUCCCGCUGGACAGUGUGUUCGUCCACGCACGCUACCUUGCCAGCUUGGGUCUGGAGGCGCGGCAGAAUCUUGCGGCCUCACCAUAUGGCAUCUGCAAUGGGCACUGCAAAGUCGUCGGCCCGCUGGACCUUGCUUGCGGGGACGUAAGCCGUAGCACCCGCCGCAGCCUCGCCGCCUGCCGCACGGCCUGUGAUGACGGCUCGCGCGCUCAAGUGAGCGAAUGUCUCACCUGUAUCCACGAGGACGGUUCCAACUCGACGCAGGCGGGGCGGACGUCGGUGCUCGAAUGGGCGGAGUUCAUGGACACCACCUGCCCGCUCAUCCGGGAUACGACCACGACACCUCCAUCGACCCGGCCAUGCUCCCAGUGCGACGCGCUGUAUCCGCGGGUCAUGAUGGCCUGUAACUCUAGUAACCCGGAAACGUGCCGUGGGCUGUGCGGCGACCUUGGCCUCAUCAACGAGUGCAUCGAAUGCUACCGCCCCUACGGAUUCGAGGAGUAUGCGAGCUACGGCCGUGACGCCCAGUGGUACUGCACGACCGAGGGCGGCCAGGCAUGCUCUCGUAUGAUCGGCGACGUGAACCGCUUGUGCGACGACGGUCAGAGCAGCUGCAAGGAUAUCUGCACUGGCAGUCACUGGGAGGACAUCAAGCAGUGCGAGCGCGCGGUACCCAGCUCUGGGCUUACGGGUACCCAGGGACCGACCAUCCUGGACGGCAUCGGAUCUUUCAACCAGUACUGCGAGCAGCCGCCCAAGCCUAACAAGACCGGUUGCGCCACGGAAUGCGACACCAUCCGCGCAACAUACGGCGACCUGUGUCGUGACAAGCAAGCCACCAAGUGCCGGGGCAUGUGCACUCCUGAGAACCUGGGCGCAUUCGAGGCCUGCAACACCUGCGCUCAGGGAGGCAACAGCACAUACACUGAGGACACCAAGUUGAGCAUCAGCGCCAGCUGGGCAUCCCUGGGCACCUGGUGCCGGCAGGUGGAGACCAAGCCGAUUGACGACCCCGAGGUCAUUGGCACCAUCCCGGACCCGAAGCCGGUCGAGGUCGUGGAGACCGAACCGACGGAGACGGACACCACGAAGGACCCUGGUCCGCUCAAGAACCCGUUCGCCAACAGCGAAACGUCGAACACCGGCUCGCCGUUGAAGGGAAUCCCGACGUGGGGUAUCGGCGUGGCAGCUGGCGGCGGUGCGCUCCUCAUCGCUGCGGUUGUCGGCUCCGUCAUUGCGUGCAACUACGAGUGCGACCCCGACCACCGCCGUCUCCGCCGGCGCCGCAAGAAGAACAAGAAGAACGACGAAGAGAAACCCCAGCAGCAGCAACAGCAGCAGCAGCAGCAGGACCCGCAGAUUGUCGGAUUCAUGGUCCCAAGCGAGCGCCCGCCGAGCCAGGGCUACUUUGCCGGCGCGAGUAGCCCGCCUCUGAGCACGCCGCUUUCAGCUCCAGUUAGCAUGGCCCACACCCCUGUUGGCCCUGGUCCCAUGAGUCCGCCACAGAGCCCACCCGGCUCGCCCCCUCCCACCGGCGCCUACCCUCAGCAGCAGUACGGCCAGUUCCCUCAGCAGCAGUACGGGCAGCAGUAUGCGCCGUACCCGCCGUAUCAGGGCGGCCAGCAGUAUUAG